UCUUAAUCGGUGCAAGCUGCCGUACUUAAUCAGGCCAAUGUUCAUUAUCCGGGCAGAACAUGUUUACUUCUUCCUGUCCCUCCUAUACUAGUUACUAGUCUUUUCCUCCGACGCGGUUUCAUAAUGGUAGCCGGAUGGGGUUGAUUGGUGUAUUUUAUGUUGAUGUUUUGCUUUGUGUUCGGUAUUUUUCCUGUUUUCUUUAUGUUCGACAUGUCUCCAGUGCAAGUGCGACAUGAUAAAAAAAAAUACGACCUACCAAUCGACUCUUGUAACUAAUGUUUUCCUUACCAAUAUCCCUGCUGUGCUAACUUCUUCUCUAAUCCAAUUCAUUUUCUAAUUGCACAGCUAUUUUGUCAACGUUUCUUUUCCUUUUUAUGUGAUAUUUACACACCACACAUACGUUUUGCAUGUUUUUUUUGUUUUGUCAGGUUUUGUUUUUUUGUUUGUGUGUUAAAGGUGGACAAAGGUAAGAAGGUGGCUAGCAGCAUCUUGUCAUAGCCGUAGGCUAAUAAUGUUGGCCUCCUCACAGUGGUAGCUUAAUUUUGUAAAAUAAUAUUUAUUUGACUUCUACAUUAUUACUCUCAUCGCACUAUACCGUGACGUUUUACAGGUAUUCCAACUUUCGGGAUUAUAUACUCACUACCCCUCCCCUCAGGCUACAGAGACCAAAAAAGACUGAUGUAAUAGGUCAAUGGAUUAAGCAUUAGUAAAUAUUUGCCAUUUUUGAGGCGUCUGUCUGGAUUUCAAUAGUUGAUGCCCACCCAAAUUUGCACAAAUAAGUUGUCUUUUUUCUGCAUACUUCUUUCUGUCACUUUUAUAGACGACAUGUACCUUUUUAUUGCUUAAAAAAUUGACAUGUCAUUAGGAGAACUUAGUAAAUUAAGUUAACAAGAAGGAUGUGUGGAAGAAAACUCACAUGGCAAUUUUUUUCUUAAAAAAAGUUCUCCAAGUUGUGUAAUCUCGUAAAUAAUAUAGCCUUAAAGGGAAUAUAUAUAGCAUAUUUUAUAAAUAUUUGCAUAUAAAAACUUCAUAUAGCACGAAACAAUAAUUCAGCAUUAAUAUAUAUAUAUCUUAAAAAGUAAUUCCUACGCACAAUAUUGUUCUUUAAAGUUUAACCUUCGCCACGAGAGCGGCCUUCUUCGACCGCCAUGAUAGUUUCUGAUGAAAACACGAUCAAGUGCGAUUAGCAUAAUCGAUUUACUGUGACGUAAGCAAUUUUAUAGAAAAUACAGAAGCCUUCUUUUCACACACCACAUGCGAAGUUUGUUCGUUUUGCUCUUAAACCUAUUAAUAAUUUAUAAUAGAAGUUUAGAUUUAUUUUAUACAAUUUAACCCCCGUCGCUAUAUUUUUAAAAACAUUUAUGCUCAAGAUUUUUUUUUUCUGUAUUUCUUAAAAUGGCGUAGUGUGCUGCUGUAGGUUGUACUAAUCAUACGGAUAAUAAUCCUGAGAAAGUUCAUUUUUUUAAAUUGCCGUCAAAUGAAGAUAUGCGCAAAAAGUGGAUACAUGCUUCGCAGAGAAAAAAUUUACCUAAAAAGGUCUUUGUUUGUUUAAAACAUUUUGAAGAAAAAUGCUUUGAUCCAUGUUGGGACAUGCAACACCAGAUAUUCCAGCGAAAAAUCCCGAGAAUGCUGUUAAAAAAUGCCUUCCAAACAAUAUUUUGUUUUCAAGAGCAACCAAAGGAAAGAAAGGCCUCAGUUCGAAGGGUCCAAUGCAGAGAAAGAGAAGAGACCAAGCCGACUGGGACAAAGAUGACAAUGUUGAUGACAAUGAAAAUGUUGAUGAUGAUGAAACUGAUGAUAAUAAUUACGAGUUUGAUGAUGAUUGUGAUGACGAUAACAUUGUCCCCAAACUUAAUAGUACCACCAUUGAAAAAAUGGGAGACCUGACUCCAGAAUUCUUCGCCAACAUGCUGGGAUGCUGGGAUUCAAUAACAAACAGCAACAACAGUUGUAUAGAGAACGUAGACGAAGAUGAUGAGGCAAAUGAAGAAGAAUUGCACAAUGUAUCAUUCAACGAUUUGUGGUUGGAAAAGUCAGAAGAGCGCUGUGAGAAGACUGAUUCUACGUACGAACCAGAUGUUGAAGAAGAUUACGAGAAGAUUAAUCUAGUAAUUCCCGUGCAAGAGAAAGAGCAAACUUUCUUGGUGUUUCAACAUUGUCCUUGUUCGCGAGGUCGAAAACUCAUAAUGGAAAAGGUUCCAUCUGCUGGGAGAAUGGGCCUUUGCGACAGUAAAUCAUUUAUACUGGUCUGUUUUAACGUGUAAUGGUGAUCCAAAUGACUUACAAGAGCAUUUUUGUUCCAUCAUAUAUGCAUCAUGUUGUAAACCACCAUUCCAAUUUCGUUGGAAAUAAAAUGUGAACAUGGCAAACUCAAUGACACUGACAUUCGACGCAAGAAGUGGUUAAAGAAAGAAACGCAAGUUUAUGAGAAGUUCAAAUCUAUUGUUCUUCAAAGACAAGUUGUCGCUGAUCUUUCCCACAUGACCCGAUUGGUCUAUAUCACAUUGUUGGAAGUAUUUCAUAGUGUCAAAAUCGGCUAUCUCCCCAAAUCCAUUUUUUUUCAAUAUGGAAAGAUGAUUGCGGGUACUCAGUUAGCUAUUUUGGAUCAUAACUUAAAUGUGGAUAGAGAACAGGAGACAUCUAAAAAAGCUGAAAAAGAGGGUAAUGUGAAACCAAUUUUUCGCAUUGCCUAUAGCAAACCAACAAAACGUUUUGUCGCCAAAAAGAAGAAAGUCGCAAAAGAUUAUAAUUAUCUUGUUGACAUACUCAGUAAUAUAAUCACACAAGUGGAAGAAAAUAGAAAGAUAACCACGGAAAAGCGCAGCAAACGUAGGCUCAGUUUGACUGUAGCACCAUCAGAGAGAGAAGACCGUGAAGUUAUCAUUGAGCAAUCAACUAAGUAUAGCAGAUUAAACUGUGGUGACUUUUUAUUUUUUAGCUUAUCUAAUUAUAUAUACAUACUAUUUCAUACAUAUAUUAUUUACAUGGAUAUUUUACAUGUAUUCUAAUGAACGUUUUAGUCGCUUUCGUCUUUGUGAGCUGCAAAUUGCCACACCAUUUCAAUCUCGGGAACAUUCAUUCCUCCCUCUCCCUUACACCAGUGUAAUUACCACUUUCAGAAGGGAAGGCUGUUCUUAUCUUAGCAACGACACAAGCAGGAAUGACUCUACGCACACCUCGUCCCAACCUAGUAUGGAUGAACCAACUAAACUGUCUGUACGAUGCGUAGCGAUAUGAUCUAAAAUAGGUUAUAUAUUUCAUUUAUGGAUAAUAUAAUAUAUUACAUGUUCUUAUAUAACUCUACUUACUGGCUAGGUACGUUAUCCCUAUCACAUGGUAACGAUGUAUUCACCCUGUCAUAUAACGAUACCAAAGCAGUCCACAGAACACCCCUGUCCAUCAUCACGUUUGAAAAGCUAUUGUGCUCAGUGAUACAUCUGCAAUCUAAAAAAGGUUUGGGUACUAGAUUGUAUGUGUAAUCGUUUCACUGUUUAUUUUGUAAAUAGAAAUAAACUAAAGCAAACCA